GGGUGCUCAGAGCCCCUCCAGCCUGACCUUGGAUGUCUCCGGGGAUGGGGAUCCAGCACUACUUUGGGCAACCUGUUCAGAAGUCUGUUUACACAUGUAUUAGCUGUUGUGGAGCCACUUAGCAGCACCAAAAAGAUCACUCCCUGCACGUGCACUCCGUCCUGGAGUAAAAGCAUGCUUUGUGAAGGGAUUCAUCUUUAGGCUAAAGGACUGCCUGCCUAAGCGCUCUUCUGGAACAGUUCUAGUGGAAUAAUGCCGUUUUCAAAAGCUGUGCCAGCCAGUUCCUCUCUGCAGACAGAGCCUUAGGCACUCAGAAUCCAGGCACGGACAUAAACUGCUCGAUUUUUCAGGCGCCCGCGGUGCAUGCGCUCAGCGUUGUGCUGCGGGGGGACACCGAGGCAGCAGGCAGCGCCAUUGCCCUCAUUCCCUGGGCGGGAAGGGCGGGGCGCUGCCUCAGGAGGAGGAGCUCAGGGCGGUGCUGGGGCUGAGGACUGCAGGAAGGCACAGGUCUGCGGCUGCCUGGUUUUUCUGCUGGGAGGUGCCAGUUGCCUCAGGUACCAAUCGAUACUUUAUUGCCUGUUCUUUCACAAUGAAGGCCAUGGAGGAUCAAGUAGUCCAAGAAGAAUCUGGAUACCAGGAUGAUGAGGAAUCCUUUUUUCAGGACAUUGACCUGCUACAAAAGCAUGGGAUUAACGUGGCAGAUAUUAAAAAACUGAAGUCAGUUGGGAUCUGCACUAUCAAAGGAAUCCAGAUGACAACAAGACGAGCACUGUGCAAUGUAAAAGGGCUUUCAGAGGUCAAAGUGGACAAGAUUAAAGAAGCUGCAAAUAAGCUGAUUGAGCCAGGCUUUCUAACUGCAUUUGAGUACAGUGAAAAACGGAAGAUGGUAUUUCAUAUUACUACUGGCAGCCAGGAAUUCGACAAACUUCUGGGUGGUGGGAUUGAAAGCAUGGCAAUCACUGAGGCCUUUGGAGAGUUUCGGACAGGCAAAACACAGCUAUCUCAUACCCUGUGUGUGACAGCUCAGCUGCCCGGGCCCAACGGCUACACUGGUGGAAAGAUUAUCUUCAUUGAUACUGAAAACACUUUCCGACCAGACCGUCUCCGUGACAUUGCUGAUCGUUUCAAUGUUGACCAUGAUGCAGUCCUUGACAACGUGCUGUAUGCACGUGCAUAUACCAGUGAACAUCAGAUGGAAUUGCUUGACUAUGUAGCAGCCAAGUUCCAUGAGGAAGCUGGUAUCUUCAAACUACUGAUCAUUGACUCCAUCAUGGCACUCUUCCGUGUGGAUUUCAGUGGUCGUGGAGAGCUGGCUGAACGACAACAGAAACUCGCUCAGAUGCUGUCCAGGCUCCAAAAAAUAUCAGAAGAAUAUAAUGUGGCUGUGUUUGUGACCAAUCAGAUGACUGCUGAUCCAGGAGCAACUAUGACCUUUCAGGCAGACCCAAAGAAGCCCGUUGGGGGCCACAUCCUUGCUCAUGCUUCAACUACCCGAAUUAGUUUGAGGAAAGGGAGAGGGGAGCUGCGUAUUGCAAAGAUAUACGACAGUCCUGAGAUGCCUGAAAACGAAGCCACAUUUGCAAUAACUCCUGGAGGGAUUGGAGAUGCCAAAGAAUAGGCAGAAAACUCAUGCAAAAGUACAGCUGAUAACCACCAAGGCAGCGAGUUGGGAUGAAGAUUUGUGCAAGCUCGCUGUCUCCCCAACUGCAUUUUUAUCUUCUUGGAACAAUUUGAGAGGUUUUGAGAUAAACUGUGUGCUUCAGUGUUUAUUCAUCUUAACAGAAGUUGGUUCAUUUUGGGUCUUCUCUUUUCAAUUGACAAUAAAUAGCUGAUGGAAACGGCAAAAGCCCAAGAACUUUGUGGAGUUUCACGUGCAGAAGAAAAAAAAUAUAUAAUAAUUACCUGAAAUACCUUCACAUUGAUCAGAUUAUUUAUUUAUGCACUUUUACUUUUUGGAGAGAAUGACCUCAAGUUGUUUACACUAAAGCUAAUAAUAAAGAUAUAAAAUCAGAACAGCAUUUGACCCGUGUUUGGGUGCUUUGCAUCCAGCCCUACUCUCAGUCAUCUCCCACGGGAGAAAUAAGCCAGAUGCAACCCAACCUUUUGAAACCCGUUUGGGGUACCUCAAGCCAUUUUCUCCCAGCCAGGAGAAAGCAGACAUCAUGGCUGCUGUCCCUCCCGCCGCUGCCCGGGCGCUGAGCCCACAGCCCCCAGGCAACCUGCGAGGGAGCCCCAAGCCCACCGAACCCGCGCAACCCGCAGCAGCCCCUACAGCCCUCGGCCCCGCCGCCGCAGCACCGCUGUUGUUGUCUCCUCCACGGGGGCAGCCGGCGCCUGGCCGAACGGCCGUAUUCUCUAAGCGCCGCUACGCUGCACGAUUAGCGUAAUCCUCCGACCCUCUGCCAGCCCUUCCCGCACAGCCCGCGGAAGAAUUUUACGCAAAACGAUCGGGCUCUUCCUGCUCUACGUCAGCCUGAGUUACGCAAGCUGCGUACGCCGUACGCUUACGUAACGUACGCCUCGGCCUAGCUUUUCCCUACCCUCUAGAAGGGGUUACGCGAUGGGCUCCUUGCGUAGCUGACUUUGAGGAAUAAGAAGAGCGAUACUCUGUUUCCUGCCCGCCUCGCGCUGGGGCAGCUUAAGUAUAGAACGCUACGCAACUUUCGUAUCUCGCUCUCCGUUCGGAGCA